AUGAAAGAUGUGACAAAGCUGAAAAGAAGACACAAAAUGAAGUUCAACAUCUCUAAUUGUGAACUUGUAUCAUUUUUCCUUACUCUUGUCUUUUGUUUUUUCAUAUCAACAAGUUCUGAUGAAUUUCUGGAUUGCCUCUCUCAAACAAUUUCAUCAGACAAUAUUGUUUUCACCCCUAAUGACACUUCUUAUUCCCCCCUUCUUCAAUCUACAAUCCAAAAUCUUAGAUUUAACACCACUACAACACCAAAACCAUUAGCAAUAAUCACCCCCUUGUCAUAUUCCCAUGUACAAUCCACAGUCAUCUGCGGUGUUAAAUCCCGACUCAACAUCCGGACCCGUAGCGGUGGUCAUGACUAUGAAGGCCUUUCCUACACCUCCUUCGAUCACGCCCCUUUCAUCAUUCUUGAUCUCAACCAACUCCGGUCAGUAUCAGUUGAUUCACAGGCGAAGACUGCAUGGGUAGAAUCCGGUGCCACUCUUGGCGAACUGUAUUAUUGGGUGUCACAAAAAAGUAAUCUUCUUGGAUUCCCAGCUGGAGAGUGCACAUCGGUGGGUGUUGGUGGACAUAUAAGUGGAGGAGGGUAUGGCAUGAUGGCAAGGAAAUACGGAUUGUCGGCUGAUAAUGUGAUCGAUGCACUUCUGGUAGAUGUGAAGGGGCGAAUCCUGGAUAGAGAUUCAAUGGGUGAAGAUUUGUUUUGGGCGAUUAGAGGAGGUGGUGGAGCUAGUUUUGGUGUUGUACUUUCAUGGAAGAUCAAUCUUGUUUAUGUUCCACCAAUUGUUACAGUUUCUAGUGUUUCUAAAAGUCUAGAUGAAGAUGCAACUAGGCUUGUUUACAAGUGGCAGCAAAUUGCUCACAACAUAACCGAAGAUCUGUUCAUUAAUCUUAUUAUAACACCUGUUCAGGCCACGGAUCAAGAAAACAGUUCCAUGCAAGUCACAAUCAACUCGCUGUUCUUGGGGACCGUUGAAGAGUUUAUGAAAACAGUGAGUGAUGGAUUUCCAGAACUGGGAUUACAACAAAAAGAUUGCACGGAGAUGAGUUGGAUUGAAUCAGUGGUUUAUUAUUCGAUUUAUUUCAAAGGCCAAAACAUUGAGACUCUAAUAGAAAGGCGUCCACAGCCAAAAAGUUACUUCAAGGUAAAAUCAGAUUAUGUUAAGAAUGCAAUACCAGAAGAAGCACUUGGAGAGAUCUUUAAAUGGUGUUUGAAAGAAAACGUGAUGCUAGCGAUGGAGCCACAUGGGGGAAAAAUGAGUGAGAUAGAUGAAACCGCAACUCCGUACCCUCAUAGGGAAGGGAAUUUGUACAUCAUACAAUACAUCAUCGUAUGGGACGAUGUGGGGUUUAUUUCAACUCAAAAGAAUGUUGCUUCGAUAAGAAGGAUAUAUGAGAAGAUGGCACCAUACGUAUCCAAGAAUCCUAGGGAAGCUUAUGUGAAUUUUAGGGAUUUGGAUAUAGGUACCAAUUGUUACGCAUGUAGUACAUGCUACGUGCAAGCAAUGAAAUGGGGAACAAGGUAUUUUAAAGGAAAUUUUAAGAAGCUGGCAAUGGUGAAAGGUGUGGUUGAUCCGAAGAAUUUUUUCCGUAACGAACAAAGCAUCCCUCCGCUGGUCUUGUCUCAAUCGUAUUAAAUGAUUAGAUCAAGUUUGAUGAAAAUAAAAAAAUCAUAAUAUAUGAUUAACUAAUAAAAACAAGUAAAAUUUUCC